UCACGUGUGCAGUGUGUCGGACUGUCACCGGGCAGAGAGGUGGCGCAGUGCCUCCUCCGCCAUCAUCCUGAUCCCCUGUAUCUGCAGCCCGCACACGCCAUGCUCGCCGCCCGCUGACCCCCGGCUCCUCCCCGGAAUUGCAGCACGGUGAGCUGUGUGUGACCGCGGCCGAGCCGAGCCGAGCUCCCCGGGCACCGAGCACCAUGGACGCCGUGUCAGAGCUCAUUAACGACACGCUACGCCUGUACAGCUGGAGCCUGAGCAUCGCAGAUAAACGUGUUGAAAAAUGGCCAAUGAUGCAAUCUCCGUUACCGACCCUGGCUAUAAGUACACUUUACCUGCUCAUUGUAUGGUUGGGUCCAAAAUUUAUGAAGAACAGAGAACCUUUCCAGUUACGCUACUUAUUGAUUGUCUACAACUUUGGGAUGGUUAUCUUGAAUUUCUUCAUUUUCAAAGAGCUCUUCCUGGGUGCAAAAGCUGCAGGAUAUAGUUAUAUUUGCCAGACGGUAGAUUAUUCUGAUGAUGUUAAUGAAGUCAGAGUGGCGUCUGCCCUUUGGUGGUACUAUGUUUCUAAAGGGGUGGAAUACUUUGACACUGUAUUUUUCAUACUAAGAAAAAAGUUCAACCACAUAAGUUUUCUGCAUGUGUAUCAUCACUGUACGAUGUUCACCUUGUGGUGGAUUGGAAUUAAGUGGGUCGCAGGAGGACAAUCCUUUUUCGGUGCACAUAUGAAUGCUUUGAUCCAUGUUGUGAUGUACCUUUAUUAUGGAUUGGCUGCAUGUGGACCGCAUCUCCAGAAGUAUCUGUGGUGGAAACGCUAUUUAACAAUAUUGCAAUUGGUGCAGUUCCAUGUGACUAUUGGCCACACAGCUCUGUCUCUUUACAUUGAUUGCCCCUUUCCCAAAUGGAUGCAUUGGGCAUUGAUUGUAUAUGCCAUUACCUUCAUUUUUCUUUUUGCUAAUUUCUACUAUCGGACUUACAAAACACCCAAAGGAUUUGCAAGAAGUGGAAAGCAUGCCAUGAAUGGGAAACAGUCUAUGAAUGGAGCAGUCACUAAUGGUACAAUAAGCAAGCCAGAAAACACAGUGAGCAUGGAAAAUGGACGGAAAAAGAGAAAGGGCAAAGCAAAGCGAGAAUAAUUAACCCCAAGCCUUAAACUGUAUACAGCGUAGCGCAGCCUCAACCAUACGUUGAGACACACAUCUCUAGAUAACUAGAGCUAUUAAGAGUAUAACUGAUUUUCAUUAGGUUUGUCAGGAUUAAAACAUCCUUAGGAUAAAAACAACUCUCUUUACAUAUACACUACAUAGUUAGGAAAUCUUUUAAUGUCAUCUUGCCAGCCACUGUACUCGUAAAGCACUAUUUUUAAACCGCGUCUCUGUAGGGAGAAAUAAUGUUGAAGUGAAAUCCCAGUGGGUGUGUGAGUAGAAGGGAGUUCUAGUGAAUAAUUUGUUGAGGAAGCGUAAAUGAUUCUGUAACCCGUAAUUCAGGCGAUUAAAGGGGAGGUAAGAAUCGCAGACAGAGAUGUUAAUAUAGGAAUAAUUUUAUUGUCCAAAUAGUUAAGCAUGUCAAAAUAUUGUGGCACCAUCUCCUUGUUUUGUUGUAAUGAAAGAUGCAAUUAUGUUUAAUUGCCGUAAGAAUAAGCAAGCACGGCAGACGGGUUCGUUUUCACUGGCUACUAGAUCAUAAGGCAAGCAUUAAACAAACCUUAUUUUGCUUAUCAUCAUAAAAUGGAGGACCAUUUAACCCUUGAGUGCCUAGUGAUUUUCAGUACAUUUUGCUAUCUUUGAAAUAUUUGAAUGUUAUGCUUUAUAUUUAUGGACAUAAAAAGCAGAUGAGAUAUUUAAAUUACAGCGCCUGGGGGAGAUCUUCAUCAUGCAUUUUGAAACGAGAAGCCAUGUGCAUGCUUACCCAUAGUAGGCUUUGGCUUCAAAUAAUAGCAAACACAAUUCAUUUAGGAGUAACCAAACUAGCAAAAGCAAAUCAUGCUGUUAUCAUGGAAAUAUAAAUUCUUUUUACAAUUAAGUAGUUAAGCAUGAAUGAUAUGUCAUGCCUUUGUCACAGCCUGCCAGUGUGGAAUUUCCUGCUUAUUUAGCAUUUGCUGGUCCAUCCAUACAUUUAUAUAGCGCAAACUUAUCCGCAGCGCUAUAAAAUGAUAGAAUGGGGAUAUUUGACAAGAAGUGUUUGACGUACAAAAUUUACUGGUGAUUGUAAGCUCACAGGCUGUCUGUCUAAGCACUUUGAAUAAAAGAGCUUCAAUGGCAGGGCCCUCUCUACCUUUUGUAUUGGUACUUUAGGGGUUAAACAGCCGGGAUUUGUUUUUUGUUUUGUUUUCAUAUAUACUCUGUAUUAACACGGUCAAUCUAUUUCAGUUGAUGGGCAUUUGUAAAACAUGCAGUAUCUUCCACAUGGAGAUGUACUAUGUAUUUUAAGGUGUAAUUGUCAUGCAAAAAUUAGAUGGUAUCACUUUAUAGACCAGAAUAUUUUCUUUACCUCAUACUAGUCAAAUGAAUGGCAAGUGUACAGAUAUAUUUGCAUUGAUCUAUUUUACUUUUUAGAAAUUCACUUCUAAGCCCUUGACAUAGUUAUAAAGUACAAAUAUGGCUAAUAGAGUGGAUGGAUAUGCAUCAGUUUCCUCACUCGGGCUUAAAUACAUCCGAGUUUGCUUUGUGGGGGG